CAAAAGCAACAAGAUACUAUUUGAGGUGACAAUAUUAAUAAUGCUCCAAGUGAAAGUUCCCCACUAAACCACCUCCAAUAAUUCAACCAAUUCCAUUGGAAUUUCAACUUCUUGUUGGGAAUCAUCUUGAAAGAAAACUUCAACGUUGAUGCCAAAAAGAUGGAUCUUGAAGAUGAAGGAUGGGUGAACAUUCCUUACGAUGAGAUUCUUGAAGCUAAUGAAGAUGGUGAUGAAAAAAACUUUUCAAGAAAAUACAUCAAGAGUCCUGCAAAACUUUUCAAACCGAAGUACUUCGAUACCCCACAAAACUCCCAAGAUUUUGUGAAAGACAAACCAAGAUUUGAAAAACAAUUACUUAGUAUUCCAACCCAAUCGGAUCAUGGACAUGAUCCGAUUAUGAUCAAAGAGUCUAAAGAAAUAACAUCUGAGCAUGAACCUGAGCCUGAGUUUGAACCGAAUCAAGAUCAGAUCAUUCAAGUUUCCUUCAAGAAAGAAAACCAAUUUGUCAAAAAGAAAAUGGGUUCUCCAAGAUUGAGCUCUCGAGAACCCGAUAUGUGUAAUAUUGAAACAAGUCCUUUUCAAUAUGAGGAAAAAAGUGAUGAUCGUGUGAUCAAUUGUUCAUCACCAUCAAAGAUGAUCAAGCAAGAAGUGAUUGCUUGGGAUGAAAAUAACGAAAGGUUGAAUUUUUGGCAAUGGGGUUUAAGUGGUAUUGGUGCCUUUUGUUCUCUUGGCAUGGUUGCAGCUACUGUUUGUAUCAUCAUGUUAGGAAAUGGAAGAAAGGACAAACAACAAAACCGAAAACUUAAGAUUCAAAUCUAUUCAGACAACAAGAGGAUAAAGAAAGUGGUGCAACAAGCAAAUGAAGCAAUGUCAGCAAUGAGAGGGGUUCCUUUGGUCAAGGCUCAAAUCACAUAUGGUGGAUACUAUGAAAGUAUCUAGACGAAAUUAGUAUCUUUAUAAAAAGCAAUUGCUUUACAUGUUUGCUUAUAUGAAGUAUUUAUGUACAUAUAUGUUCGUUGUUUAAUAGUCUAAAGUUUUUGUAAUUAUAUGAA